CGGCGCUCGCUUGCUCUCCCUCGGCAGGCCCGCUAAUGGAUUUCAGAGAGAACGGAGCAGCAGCGAGGUAAACAUGGAGCAAAAUGUUGGGUCACUACAGGAGCAAGCCCUGAGGAGAAAAGAGAGGCUGAAGGCACUAAAAAACAGACAGCUUCAGGGGCGAGAGGACGAUGGGGAGCCUGACAGGAAGAAAGCUCUGGCAGAGGAAAACGAAGAAGUAAGACACAGAGAGCUCAAGCUGAGGAACUACACCCCAGAGGAUGAAGAGCUGAAGGAGAGACAGGUGCCCAAAGCCAAACCUGCAUCAGUGGAGGAUAAAGUAAGAGACCAGUUAGAAGCAGCCAAUCCAGAGCCCAUCAUUGAAGAAGUGGAUUUGGCAAACCUUGCCCCAAGAAAACCAGACUGGGAUCUUAAGCGUGAUGUGGCGAAGAAACUGGAGAAGUUGGAGAGGAGAACACAGAGAGCCAUCGCCGAACUCAUCCGGGACCGCCUGCGAGGCAGUGAGGAAGAGUUGGCUGGAGCGGUGGGAGCGGUGGGAGUAGCAGAGGGAGACUCCGACUGAACCCAGGAUGCAACUGUAAACAAACUAUGGCAUGUGAGUGUAAUGCCAAUGGCCUGGAUCCACUGGCUUCCUGCUGUACAGCUCCAUCUGUGUCGGACACUCAGAGGAAACUGCAAUAGUUGGUUUCAUAGCUACAGCGUGAAUCUAUGUUUUCUGUAUCACCUUCUCAUCACCAGAUUUUUGUAUUUCCACUGUGAGUCGUACCAAUACGUGUCAUUGUUUUGUAGACCUACAUGUGACUGUAGUGGUACACACAUCUCAGUAUCUUCUUCUUGUAAUGUUUUAUAUUUUCAAGUAAAAUUAUUUUGAUUUUUC